AUGUACAUCAACGGAUGCUUGUUCCUAAAUGAAAGCUCGGAGGAAAACAGACUGAAGGAGGGAUCUUUAUCUGUCUUUAGCGUCCUGAUCGUGACUCUGUUAACCAUCCUCAUCAUUGCCACCUUCGUGUGGAACUUGCUGGUAUUGGUAACUAUCCUGAGAGUGAAGACCUUUCACCGAGUCCCGCAUAACCUGGUGGCCUCCAUGGCUGUCUCUGAUGUGAUGGUGGCUGCACUGGUGAUGCCGCUCAGUCUGGUCAACGAGCUGCUCGGGAGGCGCUGGAGGUUGGGCAGGCUCCUGUGCCAUGUGUGGAUUUCCUUCGAUGUCCUCUGCUGCACGGCCAGUAUCUGGAACGUCACUGCCAUCGCCCUGGACAGGUUCUGGUCCAUCACCAGGCACCUGGAGUACACUUUAAAGACUCGAAAGAGGAUCUCCAACAUCAUGAUCGUCCUGACUUGGGCGCUUUCAGCUGUCAUCUCAUUCUCUCCCCUUUUUGGAUGGGGAGAAGCUUACUCCGCCGACAGAGAGAACUGCCAAGUUAGCCAGGAGCCCUCCUAUACCAUCUUCUCAACUUGCGGCGCCUUCUACUUGCCACUUUGUGUGGUUUUGUUCGUGUACUGGAAAAUCUACAAGGCCGCCAAGUUUAGGAUAGGGAGCCGCAAAAGGAACGUUGUUGUGCCGCUGCCUGAAAUACUGCAGGUGAAGGAAGCCAGUCACCAACCCCAGAUGGAGUGUGCAGUCCGGCAUGCAGCCCUGACCUUUCAGGCGGACGGAGAAGCUUGGCGCCAACAAAAGGAAAAGAAGGCAGCGGUGAUGGUGGGGAUCUUGAUCGGAGUCUUUGUCCUGUGCUGGAUCCCAUUCUUCAUCACUGAACUCAUCAGUCCUCUGUGCUCUUGCAACAUCCCUCCUGUCUGGAAGAGUAUAUUUGUCUGGCUCGGUUACUCCAAUUCCUUCUUCAAUCCUCUCAUCUACACAGCUUUCAACAAAAAUUACAAUAAUGCCUUCAGAUAUUUAUUCAUAAGACAGCGAUAA